CAUAACUUAGCCAAAUUAUAGGCCUACUAAAAGUCUAGCCCACAAUAGUAGAUUGUACCAACAAGAUGGCGUCAGGAGGAGAUGACUACGAUAUUGAUGCUUUGACUGAGAAACUGAAGGCUUUUGCCAUGGCUCAGAUAAAGACCUCAGCCAAGAUGGACAGUAAAACAGUGGGAAAGGUGGCCAAGGAAUGCUGGCCCAAGCCCCUACAGACCCGGAUAGACUCCAGUGUGUUCCCAAAAGUUAUGGACAAAACUACAAAGUCUAUUAGUCUUGACAAUAAGGAUCAAAUCAGGAAGUUUAUAUCGGAAGCCGCCAUCCAAUAUGAUGACGUCACCACCAAAACAAAAGAGUUCAAAGAACAUGAGAAGUUUUUGGCAGAGAAGAUUAUUACAUCCGGUACAGGAAUAAAGCAAACG